CCUCUGUUCUGCUCUCCUAUUGCUCCUUUCCCCCCUCCUCCAGCACACCUUUGUGUUGUUUUCCUUGCCCCUCUUCCUCUCCCCUCCCUCUUCAGCUUCACUAGUUCUCCCUCUGCUCUUGUCCUGUGUGCUCAGACUGUGGCUGGUGAGCGAACUGAGAGUGUACCGCGGGGCGAGAUGCUGCUGAUGCUACAGCUGUUUGGGCUCCAUGUAUCCUUCAGGGCCCGCUGAGGAAGACGAGACUCUGCACAUUGCGCCUCCGAGAAACCUACAACUUGCACUUUUUUUUUCCCCUUCAAGAAUCUGGAACUAACUGAGGUUUUAAAGACUUAGAAGAAGAACGAAAUAACAAUGAGGAACAAGUUGUGUCAACUGGUUGCACAGUUCUUUCUCCUAGAAGUGUUGCUCUCUGUGGUGGACAGCAAAGGAACUUUCUAUGGAGGUCAUGUCAACCCAUUCUAUGGAAACAGAUACAACCUGUACAAGGCUGGACUCAACCCUCACUUUUCACCUAACAAGCCCAUGACCCGUCACAAAAACCACUGUGCCUACGUGGUCCAGAAGAACAUCACAUGCACCAUGCAGGACGGAGUGGCCACCUAUGUGAAGGCUGAUUACACCACCAAGUGCAUCUGGGGUCAGAAGUGUCCCGUUGUCAUGUACAGGACAUUCUUCAAACCAAAAUAUAAGGUGGGAUAUAAAACAGUAACUGAGCUGGAGUGGAGAUGUUGUCCAGGCUAUUCUGGAGAAAACUGCCAUGAUGGACCCACAUCGUUACCUGAUGUCAUGAUGCCGCCUUUCAAAGGUGGAGGUUUGCCCCAUCGUCCAGGAAUGAAGGGCUUCCCCCACGGCCCUAGACCCCCUGUGGACCAGAGGCCUGGAGGGGGCCAGCUGGAGCCUGGCAGACCAUUUCCAAGUGUGCCUGACCACAGGCCAAUACCCACAGGACAGCUUCCUGCUGGGAAUGGGAAGCCAACUUAUGGAAACAGAUUUGGGGUAUCAGGAGUGACAGGUGAACGUUUGGACCGUAUGGAGGAGGACAUGCGUCGCCUCACACAGGGUCUAGACACUCUCAACGGGAUGGUGGCUGGCCUUGAGGAGCGAUUGCGCACAUCUCUGCGAGAAGACACUAACAAAAUCCUGGUGUCUUUGCUGCCCAACCCUCCCCGUGUACCGGACUCUUCAGUGGGAUUCGGCGUGAUCCCAGAUGGGACUCCUGAUGGACUUGAAGGAGGAGAAACCUUGACUGGUUUUGGAGACUUAGUAGGGAAGGUGACAGAAGUGAGGGAUGAGCUGCGAGCCAAAACACACAUCUUAGAGGAGAUUCAGGGGAUGGUCCUAGGUCAUGAUGGCCAGCUUAAGAAGCUGUUGGAAGGAGCCAUAGGCAGGCCCAUUCCUGGCCCCAGUUCAACUACUCAUCUGGACGAGAUCCUGGAUGUGAAACUCGCUGGAGUACGGGCUGAGAUCCUUGAUGGCUUUGAGCGCCGUCUGACCGGCCUGGAGAGCCACUGUGACUCAAAGAUUGGGGAGGUGCAACAGCAAUGCCACAGGGAUCACAUGGAUGGUCAGGCACAGAUGCAGCAGUCUCUGGACGGAAGAGAGACUGGGAUCAGGGAGGAGCUGGGCUCUUUGCAGGCUCAGAUCCAGGGCCUGACUCUCACUGAGAGCUGCUGUGGACAGGUGAACAGUCUGUCCCACCGUGUGCUGCUGCUCGAGGAGUCUGUUAAAGGUUUGACAGAAUCUCAGAGACAACUCCAGACUGCCCUCACUGACCAGAGCAUACACGCGGAGACAUUGAUCGAGACCCGCCUGGUGGACAUAGAGGGUCGCCUCAAUGCCACAGAAGGUGGAAUUGAUGGAACCACAGGGCUUCCUGGUGGUCUUGAUGGCUUUAAGACCAUGCUGGAGGACAAGCUGAAGACCCUGGAGGAGAGAGUGUUUGUGGCCGUUGAGGAGCUAAGUAAUGCCACUUCUCCGGCACUCCUAGAGGGUCAGGUGGUCCCAGCAUCGGAGACAGAAAUCGAGUCUGUGAGGAGGAGAGUGGAGGGAGACCUGGAUGGCAUUCAGAAACAGUUAAAAGAUCUGGAGCUCCUUUGCACCUCUUCCUGCUCACCAUCUACCCCACCAGCAGGGGGUGUCAGCAUCACUGAAGUAGAGGAGGAUUGCGAUGACAUGGAGAAGAAGGUGACCGACCGCCUGGACACCCAUUCUAACCAGCUGGACCACCUAAACAACACCCUGCAGAACCUGCUGUUCCGUAUCGCCCAGGAGGAGUCAGAGGGCAUCGUUCAGGGCGAGAUCACCUUGCUGAAGGUCAACAUCAACUCGGUGAACCGUACUCUGAAGGGCCUGAAGGACUCUAUUGGCUUCAUUGCAAGUGAGGUGGGCCAUGCUAACAGCACCUGGGAGCAGAGAGAGAACCAACUACUCAACCAGGUACAAGGAAUCACCAGACUGGUGGGGCACCAAGCCUCCCUCCUGGGGGCUGGGGAGAGGCGGCUGGCCCAGCUGAAGGUAGAACUAGCGGCUUUGAAGAGACGUCUGUCUGGGGAGAUCCAGGGCUGCCGGAGCACAGCGAUAGAAGUACACAAGGAGGUAAAGGACGUUGAUAGCAGGGUGAGCCGGGUAGAAGGUCAAUGCAGCACCCUGGGGGAGCUGGCAGAGCACCUGGAGAGGAUCAGGGCAGAGCUUGAGAGGCACUCAGACACUUACCUGGCCCAGGUGAAUGGAACCCUUGCCAGCCAUUCAGAACAGCUAGCUGAGCUGAAAGAUGAGGUCAAAGACUGCACAGGCAAGGAAGAAGCCAACCAAAAAUAAGACCAGUAGCAUUUGAGCUACAGAAUUUAAAAAAAAAAAAAAAAGACUUAUGUGUGCUUCCCUUUAGGCUCAAGUGACUUCCUCUGCCUCUUUUCUCUUUUUCAAAUACGAUCUGCACAGAUAUAAAAUAACUGGAAAGAUGAAGUCAUCUCAUAAGCUCCCCACCCCAGUGCCUUCAGAUGUCCUGGGUAUUUAGUUUAGUGAAGUGAGGAAGUCACAGAAUACAAAGACACACUUAUGGUUGUAUAGCUGGGCAAUAUUUUCCCUUGAGAUUUUAUUCUAUAGGGCAUUUGUUUUAUCUCUCUGAUCAUGAUUGUUUUGUGUUAUCAUUUUACCUUUUUUAACUUAUAUGAAGUGACUGCAUUGUUACAAUGUUAAGCUGUUUGUAUUAGAGAAAUGAUAAUAAAACAAAGUGGAUGAUAUGGGACUAAUACGCUGCUACGGGUUUCUACUGACCAAGCACACUUGUCAUCCCCUGUGUGGACACUUGUCUGGUCUUUUUGAAAAAAAAAAAAUACUGUAUGUCAUCUUGGUGCUAUUUACAUUUUUGUAAACUUGUUUUACACAUGUUUAAAAUUGAUAUGUAUUUCUGCUUCAACAGUUGUCUUUGUUUCCUGCUGCAUUGCUCCAAGUUGCAGAGAAGUUCCAAAAGUCACCACUGGGGGACAGUGAGAACAUGACAAGGCAGGGUAGAUGGGAGGAAAUAAAUCACUGGAGGGUGGCAGCGGUACUUAAACACAAUUUUCAAAAUGCAGGCCUUUUUUUCUUCUUUUUUCUCAAAAAUAAUGUAGGUUCUUACAGUAUAUUCAGAAAAAGCCAAAUGGCAAUUCAAAACAACUUUUGAACAACACUAUUCAACACUAUUUAUCACUGUAAAGAUUAUUUUAUGCCGGAGCUCAGCUGUGGAGUUACAGUAGGGUUUAUUAUGGCAUUAUUUCUUUCUGGGUGGGUUCCAAUCCCACGUGUUUUUGUGUUCUAUUUAAUGCACAAUAAUCACCCAAUUUGGCAACAAAUACAA